AUGGAUAAACACAUGGUUACUUUCCUAAUUCUAUUUGACUUCUCCAAGGCUUUUGACACAGUUGAUCCUGAUCUCCUAAUUCAGAAGUUAGUCAUAAUUGGUUUUUCUGAGUCAGCAUCUAGGUGGAUUGCUUCAUAUCUGACUGGCAGAUCCAUUACUGUCAAAGAUUCUGUUGGAAACCUCACUGACUGGAUCCAUACUAACGCUGGUGUCCCCCAAGGAUCAAUACUGGACACGCUAUGGUUCUCACUCUUCAUUAACGACAUUGGUUUGAGCAUUCGGUUCUGUAGACGCCUUCUCUAUGCUGAUGACCUAGAAACCUACUUGGCGUGUUUACCUCAUCAGCUGGAUGAAUCUAUCCGACUGAUCGAUGAUGAUAUUGAACAUAUUCAUGCUUGA